UCUUUGUUACAUUAAAACAUAAGUCUAUAAUUUUUAACUCACUAACUUUUGCAGAAUUCCUUUGAUUUAAACAGAUGUACUUGCCUGAUAAAAAAAAUCAUUUUUAAUAAAAAAUGUCGAUUAAAUACGAUUAAUUUAUAGAACUUAUAUUUUCUUCUAGGAAAUGGACUGCAUAGUUAAUCAAAUGAUGACAGUAGCAGAAUACCUCGGCUGGGAUGUCACUGAAUUAAAGCCUAUUUUGCAAGAUAUGAUGGUCGAGAUAGAUUACGAUGCAGAUGGCACCGUUUCCUUAGACGAAUGGAAAAGAGGAGGAUUGACAACUAUACCGCUGCUUGUACUGUUGGGAUUGGAUUCGAAUGUCAAAGAUGAUGGAAAUCAUGUUUGGCGACUUAAACAUUUCAACAGACCUGCCUAUUGUAAUUUAUGCCUCAAUAUGCUAGUUGGUCUUGGAAAGAAAGGACUGUGUUGCAUCUUUUGCAAGUAUACCGUACAUGAAAGAUGCGUUCAAAGAGCUCCUGCUUCUUGCAUAAGCACAUACGUCAAAUCAAAGAAAACCUCCCACACAUUGACUCACCAUUGGACGGAGGGUAACUGCAUAGGGAAAUGCAGUAAAUGCAAGAAGCCUAUAAAAUCCUAUAAUGGCAUAACUGGACUACACUGCCGUUGGUGCCACAUGACUCUCCACAACCAUUGUGCCUCACAGGUAAAGCCUGAAUGUACUCUUGGAGAACACAGGGAUCAUAUCUUACCUCCUACAUGCAUAUGCCCCAUAGUACUCGAACGGCAGCGAAGCGUUUCAACGGGCCACAAAAAGAAUCUUAGCCGAACGGAUUCUAGUCUGGUUGGUGGCGAAAACAACCAAGGAGCUGUAAGUUUACUACCUGAAACACCUGAAGGCUCCGCUAUGUCAUUCCAAAUCACCUCUCUUCCAAGUACACAUCCUCUUCUUGUUCUCAUCAAUCCAAAAAGUGGUGGGAGACAAGGAAUGAGGCUGCAAAUGUACAAAGAUGUGCAAAAUUUCAGGGUUCUUUGCUGUGGUGGAGAUGGAACUGUCGGUUGGGUGUUAGAUACAAUAGACAAAAUGAAUUUCGCUAGCCCGCCUCCUCUUGCCAUUUUGCCCUUGGGAACUGGUAAUGAUCUAGCCAGAUGCUUAGGCUGGGGUCCAGGUUAUGAAAAUGAAAGUCUUCCUAAAAUUCUAAAGAAAUUAGAAAAAUCCGUUCCAUGUCCUAUGGACAGGUGGAAAAUUGAAAUUAGUUCUUGCGGAAGUACUGAAGAGAAAGGAGAUCCCAUACCGUGCACCAUUUUCAAUAAUUACUUUUCCAUUGGUGUGGAUGCGUCUAUAGCAAUUAAGUUUCAUUCAGAAAGAGAAAAGCAUCCUGAGAAAUUUAACAGUCGGAUGAAGAACAAAAUGUGGUAUUUUGAAUUUGCAACAUCCGAAACAUUUUUUGCUACCUGUAAAAACUUACACGAAGAUGUUGAUAUUAUGUGUGAUGGCGUAUCCUUAGACUUGGCAAAUGGACCAUCUCUGCAAGGUAUAGCUGUUCUAAACAUCCCAAGUAUUUACGGAGGGUCCAAUCUCUGGGGAGACAGUGCCCAGAAAAAAAGAACUCGGUCCAAACGUAAAAAAGAUAGAGAGAACUCUUCCAGUAGUUUUAAUUCAAUUGAUCUCAGUUCAGCCAUUCAAGAUAUAGGAGAUCGUAUGAUUGAAGUAAUAGGAUUGGAAAAUUGUAUGCAUGUAGGUCAAGUGAAAGCUGGUCUUCGCGCUUCGGGACGCCGGCUGGCCCAGUGUUCCUCUGUUGUGAUAAGGACGAAAAAACGUUUUCCAAUGCAAAUAGACGGUGAACCUUGGAUUCAGCCACCUUGCACUAUUCACAUUAGCCAGAAAAACCAGAUGACGAUGCUCAUGGCUCCCCAACCCACUCGAAAAUCAAAGUUUCCUUUUUUCUUUUUCAAGAAGAGGAAAUAAUCGUGCCAACUUCUCAUCAUAUUCCAUAGCAAAUCAAUAGAUAUUUCUGGACAGUGCUUCAAUUUCUACAAUAAUAAAUGAAAACAAGCGUAAGGCACAUGAAUCUCAGAAACAAGCAGUAUUUUCUUUCAUUUUUUUAUCAUCUUUUAAUUCAAGUUUUUCAUGGUCAGUGUAUCAAUAGUUGUGUACAAAGAAAUGUACAAAAUAGCUUCACUUAUGUAUAUCCUCCUUAUAUUAUAUUCCUAUUUGUUAUGUACUGUAAGAAUAACCAUAUUUAUAAGAUAUUCACUUUUGUGAACGAUUCUCAUCCAUUUCAUUGUUAACUUUCAUUCUGUAGUGACAUAGAGAAAUAGUGUGACUCAAGCAGUAACAUUCGAUGCCACUGUCAAGGAGGAACCCUAACUUAAAAAUUGUCAAAUCGGUGAUACUUUCAUUUUUGCAUAAUUUGGGUUUUUGUAUAAUCUAGUGCCCUUGAAACAGUUCCUUGUUCGUUUUUUUUUUUUUUUUUNAAUUUUUUUUUUUUUUUUUUUUUUUUUUUUUUUUUUUUUUUUUUUUUUUUUUUCAAUAUUCGAAAAUCAAGAUUGUAAGGAAAUAGGAAGAAAAAUAAUGAUGGCUUUAAUCUAGUACUCUUGAAAGACUUUUUUUUUUUUCAAUAUUCGAAAGUCAAAAUAAUAAAGAAAUAAAAUGAAGAAAUAGUUUUUUCGA